UUCAAGAUGUUCAAGUUCUUCGCCCUCGCCUUCGUCGCUUUGAUUGCCUGCGCCUCGGCCAAGCCCGGAAUUGUGGCUCCUUUGGCCUACUCUGCUCCUCUGGUGGCUGCUGCCCCAGCGGCUGCUGUUUACAGCCGGGAAUAUCACGGCAACUUUGCGGCCCCCUACGUGGCAGCAGCAUCUCCCUAUGUGGCAUCCCCAUACGUGGCAUCUCCUUACGUCGCUUCACCCUACGUGGCAUCUCCGUACGUCGCUUCUCCCUAUGUGGCAUCUCCGUAUGUGGCAUCUCCCUAUACAGCGGCCUACAGCGCAGCUCCUGUUCUACUGAGGAAGUAGAUGCUGGACGAAUGGAACCAGUGGCUGACUGAACAAAUGAAAUGAA